CCUCAGCCUCACCUCAGCAGCACAUACGAACAUCAUACGAGCAUAGCCUUACUCUAUUGUCAGUUUCAUUUAUGUACGAAUCUCAAGACGUUUGAUAAUGUCUCCGGAGCUACAGCUGUUAUGCAAUUUUGGCAUUGAAAAGUUUCCACGAUGCGUCGCACUCCCUUGAUAAGCGGCUCCAUACUGCACCGCAAUGACCCCAUCGGCCUAACACGAUCUCUUCAAGCUAGUGUUGAGGUGCCACAGCUUCAACUGUCAUACGCGCCAGGUGAUGUAAUUCAAGGAAUAGUGAAAUCAAUCAAUAUCGGGAGUUUGCCGGAGAGUGUGACAGCUGUCAUAAAGCUCAUAGCCCGAAUUGAAACCCAGGUCACCACAGAAUCUUCCAACAGCAAUGGCAGCAAAAGCACAAGUCAUUAUUUGGGACAGCGGACUCUUCUCGAUUUUCGACAACAUGUAUAUGAAGGCCCUGUCAAUCCCGGUAUAAAUACUUGGCCCUUUUCAGUCACAAUACCCAACCAGCCCGUUCCAACAGCAUUCCCGAACGCCGCGGUGCUACCGGUGGGAGAUUCUUUGCCUCCUACGAUCACCCAGCCUUCGUGGGUAAGGGUUACUGGAGGACGUCGCGACUAUCUCUAUGUCGAAUAUCGACUUGAAGCCAACGUUUACCAGGCAUCUGCUCCCCGGGCGGUUGCGACAUUUCCGAUUUUUGUUAGACCGCGUUCCACCGCACACGAGACUGACAAGCUGGCACUUUAUGCGGCACUGUUUACUGAGUCCGUAAAAACGCUGCAUCUAGAUCCGGAGUACGCGGAUAAGAGUCUGUCAUUUCGUCAACAUCUGUCGUCAAUAUUUCAACGCUCGAAACUGCCCGAGUUUAAGUAUACAAUUGUCGUAGAAUACCCGUCGGCCAUUCAGCUGGAUCAUACAAGUCCAGUGUCAUUCAGACUAAGGGCAGUUGUUGAAAGUUUCAGGCAACCCGCAAAGAACACAAAUGGCAGUGUGGAGAAGCCACCGACUCUGACCUUGGUGGCUGCGGAUAUUCGAUUGCAGAAUCAGACAACCACCGAUGAACUUGAAGGCAAUAGCUAUCGCGUGACGAGCAGGCAAGCAGGGUCAUGGCGUCACAAGACCUUGAUUGACUGGAAAGAGGAUCCCAACAUUUCAGCUGGUAUAACGAUACCAGAUGAUGUUGCGGCGCCAAACUCGGCAGUUGACAUUGGGAAAAACUUUCAGCUCUUUCUUUUAUCUCACGCGGUAGCACUUGCGGGAAUACAACGUGGUGUGGCUGAUGAUCCCAUAUACCCGUCCUUCAAUACGCGCCAUAUUAGCCACACUCACUCGCUCACAUGGAAGAUCGUUGUUAGUUGCGCUGGGAAGAACCGUAAGAUCUCUGGUUCAGCACCAAUCACCGUGCUGGGUCCCAGCGAGCAAGAGAACCAGAGUAAGGACAUGAUUGCUGGACCAGAUGGCAUCGCAAGCGCGCAUCAUGAAUGGGUAGAGCACCAAGUACGUACCCCACUGCUGGCGGCCAAUAUUGCCUACGCAGCAAGGUCACCUAUCUACCAGGCGAGAGUCGCUAGUGACGACAAGGGUGCGCGAGCGACCAAAUCAUAGCGAUGGUGACACUGACAAAUAUGACGAUGUUAUCUUGCAUUACAUCGAUGUAUGAUUUCAGAAAUUUCUUGUUACACAACAUUUAGGGAGUGGUAUCAAACUAUAAUUAAAAAGACGUUUGUGUUGGGGGCAAUUGAUGGGAACAGCCACGAUGUGGGUGGAGAAUUGCACAGCGAGAAGGGCGCAUUCUAUUCUUAAAUUGAAUCAAUUAUUUUCUGAUGUCUUAA